AUGGGGAUUUGUUUCAGUUCUGAAAAGCAGCAGCAUUCCAAUUGUAAUCAGACGAGCCCACCAGUAGGACAUGGCUCUGCUGCAUGUCCACCUCCCGAUAAAAGUGCAAUCAACACUCCUUUGGCUUCCAAGAAUGUCAAGGACCUACGGCAAAGUCCCGGAUAUAUCAAUGUCAGCAUCUUUACUUAUGAUGAGAUGAGUUUGGCCACAAAACGUUUCCGGCCAGAGCUAAUUCUUGGUGAGGGUGGGUUUGGAGUUGUAUAUAAAGGAGUUGUUGAUGACACCGUGAGGACAGGUUACAAGACCACACAAGUUGCCAUCAAGGAGCUUAAUCGAGAAGGGUACCAAGGUGAUAGGGAAUGGCUGGCAGAAGUUAACUAUCUAGGUCAGCUUAGUCACCCUAAUCUUGUGAAGCUGAUUGGCUACUGCUGUGAGGAUGAGCACCGGCUACUGGUCUACGAAUACAUGGCAAGUGGCAGCCUGGAAAAACAUCUAUUUCGCAGAGUGGGCUGUACGCUUACAUGGUCAAGAAGAAUGAAGAUUGCUUUAGAUGCUGCAAAAGGGCUUGCUUUUCUUCAUGGUGCAGAGCGACCAAUAAUUUACCGUGACUUUAAGACAUCAAAUAUUUUGUUGGAUGGGGACUUUAAUGCAAAGCUUUCGGACUUCGGCCUUGCAAAGGAAGGGCCUAUGGGAGACCAAACCCAUGUUUCAACAAGAGUGAUGGGCACAUAUGGAUAUGCUGCACCUGAGUAUGUAAUGACUGGGCAUCUAACUGCUCGAAGUGAUGUUUAUGGAUUUGGAGUGGUGCUACUUGAGCUGCUCAUUGGACGAAGAGCAAUGGAUAAGAGCAGGCCCAGCCGGGAACACAACCUGGUUGAGUGGGCUCGUCCACUCUUGAACCACAAUAAGAAGCUUCUGAGGAUUGUAGAUCCUAGGUUGGAAGGGCAGUACUCAUUUAAAACUGCAAUGAAGGUGGCCCAGUUGGCAUAUCAAUGCCUUAGCCAAAACCCAAAGGGGAGGCCCCUUAUGAGCCAGGUGGUUGACAUCCUCGAGACUCUUCAGUCAUCAGGAAACCACGAACUUCAAAGCGGAGAUGGUGCUGUAACUCUUUAUGAGGCUCCCAAGGGAACAAUUGCAAGUCCUGCUAAGAAGAGAAACCAGAACAGAAGAGACGGUGAAAGGGGAGGAGAGGCGCAUAGGAGCAAUCCGGGAAAUGGAAGGAGCAAGAGUGAGCCUAUGAAUGACUUCGAUCGUAAUAACUUGUCUCCAAAUUUUGUGUCGCAUGAAAAGUAG